AUGAGCGGUAUGUGCUUGGGCGCAUCGUACGCGCAGAGGGCGAGCCGCAGAUUGUGGACUCUGUGCGCUUCAGCGAAUCUGCGGUUGAGCGCGGGCAUUGCGGCGCUGCGAGAUGGGGCAACGAUUGUUACCGAUGUGCGCAUGGUGGAAGUGGGCACAUCGAAGGCGCUGCUGAGGCGAGCGGGCAAUCCGAUCACGACUAUGAUUGACGCGCCAAGCGUUGCAGAGAGGGCGAAGCGGGAGGGCAUCACUCGCUCGGCGGCUGCGAUACGCGAACUGACGCCGCAAAUUGACGGGGCGGUCGUCGCUGUGGGUAAUGCUCCGACGGCAUUACUGGCAUUGCUGGACAGCGUUGAUGAGGGCAAGGCACAGCCCGCGCUGAUUAUCGGCAUGCCGGUCGGCUUCGUAGCGUGCGCGGAAGCCAAGGAUGAGCUUGCCAAGCGUGCUGCGGCGCACAUUACGAUUCUGGGCAAUCGCGGAGGUAGCAGCGCAGCGGCGGCAACGCUGAACGCGCUUCUGGCGCUGUCUAUGGAAGAUAUUCUAUGA